GUCACUAUUUCCACGAUGACCUCUCUUCUAUCGAAAUUUGUAGAUACUAUCGUCAGUUUUAAGGACCGUAAAGGUUCAUCUCUCGAAGAAAUACUCAACAAUAUUAAUUCUCAAAGGAAGAACAAGCUGAAAAUCAACUCUCUGCAUGUUAAAAAGGCGCUGGAAAUCGGCGUAAAAACUGGUCUUCUCAAAAAGUCAAACGGAAAAUUCAAAUUAGGUAUUGAGACGAAGUAUUACGACUUACUUAAAAACUUCAGGUAUGUAGCUAAAAGAUGGUCCACUUUCAAAGAAAAGCGACGGAACGGUAGAAGUCAGCAGGGAAAACAACACAGGCGUGGAAAAAAUAUAAAGACAUCAAAAGUCUCACGAUUGUCGACUAAAGCCAGAAACUUAAAACUACCGAUAAAACAAUUACGUAGUCGCGGACGGCGUGAUAAAAAUACCAGUACAUGUUGUAGACGAAAAGGAAUAAAACGAAAAUAUGAUAAUUACACGAGCGCAGUGGUGUCGGAUCGUAGUAGACGUCCAAGACGCAAAGGAAGAAAGAGAAGGCAGCGUCGACCACGACGACCAUCGAAAUAUGGAAGGAAAUAUUAAUAUUAUUAAUCUAUGGAAAAUUAUUUGUUAUUACUAGAACAUUAUAUUUUCUCCACUUAA